UCUAUUUCCUUUUUAGUCAUGUAUAACGAAAGCCAAAGCUUCAGUUAGAGGAAGUUCUAACCAGAAUGUGAGUUUUUCUCGUUUUUGUCACAUUCUGGAGAUAAAAUUGCCAACUGAGUGAGCUAUCCUGUAAAAACUGAGCACAAAAUGCAUGACGGCAAUCGAUUGAAGAAAGACUGUGAACCAGUGGAAUUGUUGGCAGACUCAAGUAAUCUGCAUCCAAGGAAGCAUUCUAUUACCAAUACUCUGAAUCAAGUCUUGGUUUUAUCCAUAAUCAUAUUGCUCAUAAUUACAGUGAUUGCAAUACUAGUGGGUUUUUUAGUAACCGGUAGAAAAUUGCAUCGGAUGUCAUCAGAGUGUCUUGAAGCUGCAUGCCCAGAAAGCUGGAUUGGUUUCCAAAGAAAGUGUUUCUAUUUUUCUGAUGACUUCAAGAAUUGGACAUUCAGCCAGAGGUUUUGUGACUCACGCGGUGCUGAUCUUGUUCAAGUUGAAACCAUCCAGGAACUGAAUUUCCUACUGAGGUAUAAAGGCCCUUAUGACCACUGGAUUGGGAUCAGCAGAGAACUAGGCCAACCAUGGAAAUUGAUAAAUGGUACUGCAUGGAGCAACUGUUUUCCUAUCAGAGGAGGAGGAGAAUGUGCCUAUUUGAAUGACAAAGGUGCCAGCAGUGCUAGGCAUUACACAGAGAGGAAGUGGAUCUGUUCCAAACCAGACGCCUGGAGGAAUGGUCUGAGGUACCAUCAUCAACGUUCUUCACGAUGGCCACUUUGCAUCCAGAGUAGCAUCAGGCCAGGACCAGCACCACCUUUCCAGGUUUCAUGAACUUGGGGACACAGCCACUUGAGUCUACAGCAGAAAAGAAGAAAUGGCCAGAGCUUCCCUUCUUGAUUCUGGUAUUUCUGUUUUGUUCUCUUUUUGCUCUUGCUACACUGGGGCAUGAAACUGACACAAACCAAAAAUGAAACUAAACUAUUAAUAACCCUGUGGCAACAAGAAGAGACAAAUGUGAAAUUAUUUUUGGAGUUGGAAUAUUAUUUAGACAUAAAAAAUG